GAUUCUGUCACAUUUUGCGAGGCCUCUGUUUCAUUUCGGACUUCAGUCUCACUCUCUCUAUCUCUCCAUCGCCGAAGAAGAUGAACUCCCAAAUCUGUAGAUCGGCUUCCAGAGCCGCGAGGUCUCUUCUUUCUUCAGCUAAGAACGCUCGUUCCUUCUCCGGAGGCCGAGCCAUUGGUGCGGCAGCAGUGGUUUCUGUUGGUGGAAAGGUUCCUCAAUUUGCAUCAAACUUUGGAAACUCGGCUUCUGGGAAUGCUUCCAGGAGUUGGAUCAGUGGUCUCAUUGCUCUUCCUGCUGCAGCUUUCAUGCUCCAAGAUCAAGAGGUGCAUGCAGCUGAGAUGGAGCGCACUUUCAUUGCUAUCAAGCCCGAUGGAGUGCAGAGAGGACUGAUAUCAGAAAUCAUUUCCAGGUUCGAGCGCAAGGGCUUCAAGCUUGUUGGUAUCAAAAUCUUGGUCCCUUCAAAAGAUUUUGCACAAAAGCAUUACCAUGAUCUGAAGGAAAGACCCUUCUUCAACGGUUUGUGUGAAUUCCUAAGCUCAGGCCCUGUUGUUGCCAUGGUUUGGGAAGGAGAAGGAGUGAUCAGAUACGGGCGUAAACUGAUCGGAGCCACUGACCCUCAGAAAUCUGAACCAGGAACAAUCCGAGGCGAUCUCGCAGUUGUUGUUGGAAGGAACAUAAUCCACGGAAGCGACGGACCAGAGACCGCGAAAGACGAGAUCAAACUGUGGUUCAAACCCGAAGAACUCGUUUCGUUCACCAGCAACUCCGAGAAAUGGAUCUAUGGCCAGAAUUGAUCUUUCUUUCUUUCUUUUUUUUUUCCUCGGACAUUAGAAGAAAUCGAUUUCUUUAACAACCACAACAACAAUAAUGCUCUGUCUUGUUUAAGGAUGAGCUACUGAGACAAAAGACAACAUGAAAUAACCUCCCGGGAUUUGUAUUUUUGUUUAUGAUCGAACUCUCUGUGUUAAAACCAUGUUAUGUCAUCUGUUUGCUCUUUUUAUCUAUU